AUGGCGUCUGUGCCUAGUUCGGCCCGUAGUGCUGGGUCGCGUGACGGGGAUCUCGCUGGAGACGGCGGCAACGUCUUGCAGGACAGUAUGGCGACGUGCUACUUGUGUGAGCAGGAGGAGGUUAUCACGAAGGAGUGGCGAGGCGUCCAGCUCUCGGCCGAUUGCUGGAACGCCGUUCGCUCCCACCGCUUGCAGCUGAAAGGCAAUGCCAAGGCGCUCAAGGAUUCCGCGAGUAAGGUGCAUGGGGACCCCGAUGCGUGGCGUAGCGAUGUCAUGCCGUACAAGUCGAACGGUGUGGCCGACUCCUCGACUCGUGGCAAGGCGCGGGCUGAGACGCAAGCGAAGCUGCGCCUGACUCAGACGGAGGACAUGCAGGUCGAUAAGGAGCGCACGGGCAGGAAGAACCAGAUGUACUCCAAGAGGCACUACAAGUCCUACCGAGGCUUCUGGGACAAGGUCCCCUCGGAUGACGCCAGCGAGGAGUUCGACAUGCUGCAGGAGACCUCCCCGCACUACGACUCCGACGGCGAGCCGUGCCAGCGCAUCAAGGGCCACAAGUACGAGAUGAAGGAGACUGGCCGCGACCGCAGGACAGGCAUCGUGACGCUGAGCCAGGACGGCGACAUUGGUGGCAACAGUGGGGCUACGAACCCGCCCUUGAGCGACGGUCGAGUCGUUGGCCUCGGCGAUCUUCCCUCGGGUCUGGUGGAGCGCACCCCUCGGGGCAGGUCGCCCAUGGAGUGCGCGACGUGGUCUGGCAGUAAGCGCAAGCAGCCUGACGACGCAGCGUCGAUGAGGGCGGCCAGGCAGAGGAAGGACCCCAAGCAUCAUAUCGAGAAGGACAACGCGGAGGCGCUCUUCCUAGUGGCCAAGGAGGAGAUCAUGCAGGACUGCGUGGCCAUGGCGGCGAAGUAUUCGGGCCCGAAGUCUACUGCAGGCAAGCUGAGGGCGCUGAAGGACAAGCACAGGGAGAACAGUGAUGCCCCUGACUGCACGGAUGUCCUGAAGAGGUUCGGCGAGCGGGAGCAGGAGCUUCUGGAGAUCAAGGGGGCGCUGAAGGACAUGAAGCUGGGCGACCAGGAGGACGUCAAGUCGAGGGUGCAGGUCCUGCAGAAGGAAUUCCAGGAGCUCGAGAAACUGGCCCUCCAGAAGAUCACCACGUUCGGCUUGGUCGAGUGUGGCGUCAAGAAGGCCGCGCGCACGCAGUACCUGGCCGUGCGCCACCAGAAGGGUAAGGUAUGCGCCGCCUUGACUGCUGGCGGCUACCCGCCGAAGACGGCCAAGGCCAUGGCCAACAUCAUUCACGAGAACAGCGCCACUGGCAUCACGGGUGAGACCGUAGGCAAGCUCUUCAACGAUAUGGUCAACGUGAACCCUGCGGAGAUGAUUACUAACGAGGUCUGCGUCUGGUCGCAGUCCGACAGGCAGCACAUGGUGAUGCGCAAGGCGAUCUUAGACAAAUGCGAGGAGGUCCUACAGGACAAGACCAAGUCUCUUGACACCCAGAUGGCAACGACGAGGUGGACGGGCGCGCUCACGCGCCUGAACGUCGACGUGAGCGAGAUUGACCACAGCCUUCCUCCGAGCGCUGGCGCCCUCUUUCAUGAUGGCAACACGCCCAACCUCGUCACGCUGCGCCGCGACGCCUGUCGCAGAGGGCCCGCGGCGUUCAGCAUGACAGGUGUCGGCGGCUACGUGAUGACGCUGGGCGAGCCGAUCAUCUUCAUGGUCUACAACGUCAAGCACUUGCUGGACAACGGGUUUCUCAAGUCCGAUGCUGGCUGCGAGUUCCUGGCUUCGAAGUCUUGCUCGAUCUUCUCCAUGCCUGCGGGCUGCGUGGCUUGGAUCCCAUACGGGUUCGUGUUCGCUGCGGUGUUCUACGCAGGUUCGGCCGCCAAUGACAAGGAUGCGGCGAGGUGGGGCCACUUCGUGAGCCUCAGUGUCCUGUCUAAGAGCCUCGCGGCGGAGCUCGAGGCGGACACCUACAAGGCCAUCAAGAUGGAGCUCGAGAACCACUACAAAACGGAGACGGCGCAGGUGUGGAAGGACCGCGCGGCUGUUUGGACGGCGUUCGACAAGACGGUCGCGGCGGCAGAGUGA